AUGAAUUAUCCUACCGGCAGCGCCAUUACCGCCGGAGAAAAUCGCCGUCGGUGGACCUACAUAGCAAUUAUUCAACCGAACCGCGGCGGAGCGAACCGUUGCCUCUUGUUCUUAUAUCCGAGUUGGAGAGCUCAGUGGUUCAGUGGCGGCGCCGAGUCAGCUCGGUCCGAGUUCUCGGGCCAGAAUGCGUACGAGCUCCUAGGGGUUUCGGAAACCAGCUCGUUCGCCGAAAUCAAAGCUUCCUUUCGCAAAUUGGCUAAAGAAACUCACCCGGACCUGGCCGUGUCCAAGAGCGAUUCCGCUGCUUCCCAACGAUUUGUGCAAAUCCUCGCGGCAUAUGAGGUUCUUUCAGAUUCUGAGAAGAGGACCCAUUAUGACAGCUAUCUUUUCUCUCAAAGGAAGCUUCUGCAGAAACAAUCUCGUGAAGAUGUAACAUUUUAUGUGUACAACUCCCAUGUUUCGACUUAUAAGCAGCUGGAAGUAGUUGAAUGGUUAAAAUGGUAUAGAUCUGCAAUAAAAGAUAUUUUGUCAGAGAAGCAAGUGGUUGUUGGGACUGGAUACUUUGAUGUGCUUGAAAGGGAUUUUUAUUCUGCCAUACAGCAAGCAUACUAUGGCCCGGUUAUAGAAUCGACAGAUUUUCUUCCAGACCGCUUUGAAGCUGAGGAGAGAUCAGUGUAUGAGACUCCAGAGGUGCUUCAUUUGGUUUCAGGGCGUGAUCUUUUUGGGAUGGUCUGUGUGGUCAAUAAAUUUCCAGAGUUAUCAUUUUGCUCUAAACAAAAGUUAAAUUCUCCAACUUCCGUGAAUUUGGGAAUUUGUCAAUCUGGUGAGAAUGAGUGCAUGUCCAUGAGUUUUAAUGGCGGGAAUGAGAAUGACUUUGAGAACUCUCAGUUGAAAGACUGGAAUGUGGAAGAUCACAAACUUCAUGCAUAUACUGAUCUAGAACUGCAUGUGUAUGGAAGAGUGGUUGCUCUGGCAACAAGGGUCCCUCCCAAAGGCUAUUCCAAUGGAAUAGAGAAUAAAGAGGAUGAAGAUCGCAUACAUGUAUUUCUCAAUUCAUACGAGUGUCCAGAAAAGAUUAGCAAAGGAUUCACAAAGGAACCCGUAUCUGGUGGUGUUGUUGGAUCAAGAAUUCCUCUGGGAACUAUAACUGGAUUAGGGACUAGUGCAGAAGAAGGGUCUUGCUUUGUGUACAAUAGCAGUGGUACCAAAACCCAUGUGAUUAUGAAACAUAGAACACUUAUGGUGAGGCACAUGCAUUGGUAUGGAGUGGGAGAGGAGGUUUCUGUUUGCGAGUGUAGGUGCAGUAGAGCUAGGUUACCACCGAGCAAAUUUUGGCUGUUUGAACCUCGGUGUGGCAUGCAUGAUGUAGGUGGUUGGUAUGUUGAAACAUUUGGCAGAGACAAGAAAGGCUGGACAGUCCCAUCGCAAAGGUAUUGGGACGGCUUUGAUCCAAGUGAACAAUUUGAGAAGAGAUUACACCCUGCAAUGUAUCUUCUUGCUCUUGCAUAUAGAACAUUGGAUCUCGAAGAUGCAAGAAUAAGGAAACGAACUGUCGUAGAUAUUGUUGAACGAAAACUGUCUAGAAUUCUCAAUUGGUGCAAGAAGCUCAUUUAGAAGGGAAAGCACUGGCAUGAUGAAUUGCCCCGUCUCUCAGUUCAAAGAUUUUUUGCUCUGUUUUUCAUAUGCCAAGCUAACAAUUGAUCCAGAAGUUUUGCAAAAACCAGUCUUUCCUAUGUGUUGCUCAAAGUUAAUCAGAAAGAUAUCUCUUGUUAUGGAAGUAAAGGACAACUCAUGGAGUCUCGAUUCAGUGCGAGAAACUUGUUUGGAAGUUGAAAUUUCAACUUUCGCACUCCAGGUUGAUCGAGCUAUGUUGCUUGGUGGAUCCUUGAUCUCCAAAUGGUCGCAUGUUCUUUUUCCUUUUGCUCCAAUAUCAGCUAUCAAAGGUAAUAAGAAAUCUAAGGGUGACAACCACUGAUACAGUAUCCUGCUACUGGUGUUAAAAAAGAUGACUUGACAUACUACCAGGUGACGUGAAAGAUCCUUCUUGGAAUAAUUUAUGGACAGGCUUGUCUAGCUGCUUUAGCUUCAGCGACUUUGGAAUCUGUUCUUAGUCAUGGAAGAUGGCAGCUAAUGUGGAAAGAAAGAAAUGGAAUCAUGGAUUUUUUUGGCUUGUUAAGAUUUAGUCCUGCCGUAUUAGGUCCACAUUGCCGGUUCUACAUAUUUUGAUGUACAUUUUGAUGUACAUUUAUGAUAAAAUAAGCUGAAAGGCUAGUUUGAAAAAGCUUGG